AUGCUGCGGCUGGAGCCCUUGCCCAGGCCUGGAGGCCACUGGCCUGGCCUCCUGCCCUUGCUCCUGGCUCUCCUUGGCACAACCUGGACAGGGGUGCAACCACUCCAGCUGCAGGAGCAGCGGGUUCCAAUGCCUGGAGUCCUGAGCAAGAAGGAGAGCUUCCUCCUCCUCUCCCUGCACAACCGCCUGCGAAGCCGGGUCCACCCGCCUGCGGCCAACAUGCAGAGAAUGGACUGGAGCGACAGCCUGGCCCGGCAGGCCCAGGCCCGGGCGGCCCUCUGCGGUGCCCCCGCGCCGAGCCCGGCCUCCGUCCCCCGGGCCGCCCGGCACGUGGGCUGGAACACGCAGCUGCUGCCCGCGGGCUCCGCGGCCUUCGUGCACGUGGUGGGCCUGUGGUUCUCCGAGGGGCGGCAGUACAGCCACUCGGCGGCCGAGUGCGCCCCCAACGCCACCUGCGCCCGCUACACCCAGCUCGUGUGGGCCACCUCGAGCCAGCUGGGCUGUGGGCGGCAGCUCUGCUCUGGGGCCCAGGGUGAGCUGGAAGCCUUCGUCUGCGCCUACUCUCCCGGAGGGAACUGGGAGGUCAACGGGAAGACCAUCGUCCCCUACAAGAAGGGCGCCUGGUGUUCGCUCUGUACGGCCAGUGUCUCGGGCUGCUUUAAAGCCUGGGACCAUGCAGGCGGGCUCUGUGAGGUCCCCAGGAACCCGUGUCGCAUGAGCUGUCGGAACCACGGCCAGCUCAACGUCAGCACCUGCCACUGCCGCUGCCCCCCCGGCUACACGGGCAGAUACUGUCAAGUGCGGUGCAGCGUGCAGUGCGUGCACGGCCGGUUCCGGGAAGAGGAGUGUUCCUGCGUCUGUGACGUUGGCUUCGGGGGAGCCCAGUGCGCCACCAAGGUGCGCUUUCCCUUCCACACCUGCGAUCUGAGGAUUGACGGAGACUGCUUCACGGUGUCCUCGGAGGCGGACACCUACUACGGCGCCAAGAUGAAAUGCCAGGGCAAGGGCGGGGUGCUCGCCGAGAUUGAGAGCCAGAAAGUGCAGGACAUCCUGGCCUUCUUCCUGAGCCGCCUGGAGACCGCCAACGAGGUGACCGACAGUGACUUUGAGACCAGGAACUUCUGGAUCGGUGAAGAGCUGACAGAGAGGAGCCGGAAGUGCGGGAAGGGGUCUCAGGGCCGGGGGCCCACGGGGCAUCGGGCAGCAGGCUCCAGGCAGGCCCUCAGCCCAGGGAGCAGGCGGGGUCUGGGGACCUUGGGUGCGGGGCCAACCUUGGCUGCUGUGGCCCAGGGCUCACCUACAAGACUGCCAAGGACUCCUUCCGCUGGACCACGGGGGAGCAGCAGUCCUUCACCAGCUUCGCCUUCGGGCAGCCGGACAACCAGGGGUUUGGCAAUUGUGUGGAGCUGCAGGCGUCGGCCGCCUUCAACUGGAAUGACCAGCGCUGCAAAACCCGCAACCGCUACAUCUGCCAGUUUGCUCGCGAGCAUAUCUCCCGCUGGGACCCAGGGCCCUGAGAUUCAGCCGUGCCCCUCCCCAGCCAGCGCCUGGGUGCACAGCCCCGCUGGCCCGCCUGCCCUCCUGUGUAGAACCAGGGCCUGGCUGGAACUGGGCCCAACAACCAAAGAGGUCUCAGACCUUGCAGGACGUCGGGCGGGGUACAAGCGAGGCCGACAGAGUCUGGUGGAGGAGGAGGGGAGCCUGGGUGCCCCCACUCCCGGCCUGCUUUUGAUCGGGAAGAUGGGGCUUAAUCACGCCCUGAAACAGGAGUCCGGACCAGCAGGGAGAAGAGACUACUCCGGUCCACCCAGGCUGGACCCUCUGGGGCAGAUGGAGGCUCCUCCGCCCAUGGUGCACCCUACAAAGGAUUAA